AUGGAAACACAAUUAAGCAGUCUUUGUCCGAUAUUAGGGUUUGUGAUCCGAUUUGCGAAGGUGUAUUACCAUUCGGAAAUAGAUUUUGGGUAUGACUUUGUGACUUGUGGCUCAGCACUCAAGAUUUUGAAUGUAGCUGGAAAUGUGAGACUGCACUCCCACGAUGUCAAGUAUGGGUCAGGAAGUGGUCAGCAGUCUGUGACCGGUGUAGAUUCCUCAGAUGAUCACAACAGUUACUGGCAGGUGCAUGGCAAGACUGGAGCUCACUGUGUACGCGGGAACCCGGUCAAGUGUGGACAGACCAUACGUCUGAUGCACGUGUCCACCAAGAGGAACUUGCACAGCCACCACUUCCAGUCUCCUCUGUCCCGGAACCUGGAGGUCAGCGCUUUUGGGGAGGAGGGGGAGGGAGAUGAAGGAGAUAACUGGGUCAUAGUCUGCCAUAACAAAUUCUGGAGCAGAAGUGAGAAAAUACAGAUCAAACAUGUCACCACAGAACAUUACCUCCAUGUCUCUGGUGACACAUACGGUCGUCCCAUUCAUGGCCAGAAAGAGAUCUGUGCCUAUCCAUCCAUCCAUGACUCCAACUACUGGCAGGCGGCUGAGGGCAUCUACAUUAAACCCACAGAGGUCAAGUCUCGCACAUCCGCUGAUGAUGAUGAAGAUGGGAACGAUGAUAGCGAUGACAAGGAGCCUGUGUCUCAUGAUGAAUUUUAG